AUGACACUUUGGCUAGGAACUGUCCGGCGGCAGUCUCAGACUUUACAGUUGAAUGUUUCUACAAAAGAAGUGUUGAAAGAAUUGCUAGAGGACCACUUUCCUCUAAUAGCUGCACACUUGAAUUCACUGGAUAUUGAUUUGGCAACUAUCACGUUGAACUGGUUUCUGGCUUUGUUCUUCGAUGCUGUUCCAUUCAAUACUUUGUUGCGUAUAUGGGAUUGCUUUCUUCUCGAGGGCCCGAAGGUCCUGUUUCGAUUUGCUCUGGCUCUACUU